GUGAACUCCGGCCCAUUCUCACUAGGCCCGCGACUCGCGCCUGGCGCGUUCCGUUCAAGAUGGCGCUGGCGGCUGCUCUGCGAGUCCCGGCGCGCUUCUUGCUCCGUGCGGGGUCCCGGCUCCAGGGCGCGGCCCUCGGGCUGACGGAGCGGGCGGCCGGCGGCGGGGACGGCGCGCGGCGCUUCGGGAGCCAGCGGGUGCUGGUGGAGCCGGACGCAGUCCCAGGGGUCGCUGUGAUGAGACUCAACAACCCCCCAGUGAACAGGCUCAGCCUGGAAUUUCUGACAGAGCUGGUCAUCAGCCUGGAGAAGCUGGAGAAUGACAAGAGCUUCCGCGGUGUCAUCAUGACCUCGGACUGCCCUGGUGUGUUCUCGGCUGGCCUGGACCUGAAGGAGAUGUGUGGGAGGAGCCCCGCCCACUACGCCGAGUACUGGAAGGCCGUGCAGGAGCUGUGGCUGCAGUUCUACCAGUCCAGCCUGGUGCUAGUCACUGCCAUCAACGGAGCCUGCCCCGCCGGAGGCUGCCUGAUAGCUAUGACCUCUGACCACCGCGUCCUGGCGGACAACCCCAAGUACAGCAUAGGACUCAAUGAGACCCUCCUAGGCAUUGUUGCCCCUUUCUGGUUCAAAGACACCCUGGUGAACACCAUCGGGCACCGGGCAGCAGAGCGCGCCCUGCAGCUGGGGCUGCUCUUCCCGCCGGCGCAGGCCCUGCAGGUGGGCAUAGUGGACCAGGUGGUGCCGGAGGAGCAGGUGCAGAGCAUGGCGCUGUCGGCGAUAGCCCAGUGGAUGGCCAUUCCAGAACACGCCCGACAGCUGACCAAGGCCAUGAUGCGAAAGGCCACAGCCAGCCGCCUGAUCACACAUCGUGACGAGGAUGUGCAGAACUUUGUCAGCUUCAUCUCCAGAGACUCCAUCCAGAAGUCCCUGCAGCUAUACUUAGAGAGGCUCAAACAAAGGAAAGGCUAACAGCCACACGUGCCCCUCUGGGUCCCCGUGGGAUCUUAAACAAGGGGGCACCGUUCUGGACCUGGUGAGGUCACAACUGAGUGUCUCCGUCUCCAUUCCCAAGGCAGAAUCGUAAAUCAAGUCCCUGGUCAUCCACCCCAGCCUUUGGACUGCCUGCUCGUAGGUGUAAGGCCUGGUGGUCUGCUCCCAUGACCCACA